AUGGCUAAUUGGAGUUAUUGCAGUAGUAGGACUCCUCAAAUUCUUUCCCCAACUAGUACGACAUCAGGAGGAGAGCAACAACAGCAGAAUUAUGUGUCACUUGUUCAUGAUCAUCGCUACCUCUAUGAAUCCUUUGGUCACCCAUAUCCAGGAUAUGUAGGAGCAGAGAUGAUGAAGCUUUGGUCUAGUAGUGCGUAUGAAUGCGGAGCUGAAAAUGGUGUGGGAGGUCAUGAUGCAAACAUCAACAACCAAGUGGAGACGAGGAGGAAGAUGCGGUUGUCUAGUGAACAAGUAGAUGCGUUGGAGAGGAGUUUCCAAGAGGAGAUAGAGCUGGAUCAACAGCCGGGUGCUACCCUCGACGAAAGGAAGAAUAAGGUAAAGCUGGACCCGGAAAGGAAAAUGAAGCUGUCGAGGGAAUUAGGUCUGCAUCCUCGCCAAGUAGCUAUAUGGUUUCAAAAUCGACGUGCCAGGCUUAAAGGAAAGAAAAUUGAAGAACUAUACAAUGUACUUAAGCAGGAUUUUGAGAAUGUCUCGAAGGAAAAUCAGGAACUCAAACAAGAGGUUAUGAAACUAAAAAGCAGACUUGACGAUCGGGAGUCUAUGCAAACAUCCACACGAUACGUAAUGUUACCAAGGGAAGCUAAUCAUCAUGAUAAAUUUGUCGAUGACAGCACAAGCACAAGGAUUUCUGCCAACCAUCCAAACAAUAUUUCAGGGUCCAGUACUUAUUUGUUUGGCGAGGACUAUUAUUCGACAAUGUCUUCACUUCCUUAUUUUGAUGUUCCUCACUGUUAUCCCUCAUCACAGUGA